AUGGCCAAAGGCAAGAAAAAAGGGCCUGUCUCCGAGUUCUACGACGAGGAAGACUACGUCUCUGAGCCCGAACCCCAGCCUAAGCGAAAACCCUUUCGUUUCCUCGAUUUACCGUCCGAGAUUCGACUACGCGUCUAUCAUUUCGUUCUUUUCACUCCGACAAGGAAAAGCGCAUUGCAAAACAAAGCCGGCUCUGUGGGCUCCUCAGCGAAGAAGAAAAAGCCAGUGGCGCCAACAUCCCAUCGUGUAGCGCUGUUCCUGGCCUGUCAUCGUAUUCACGAUGAAGCCAGUCACUUUUUCUACUCGACUCAGAUAUUUCGGCUCUUCCCCGUUCAGGAUUUCCAGCGCAUGCCGACCGUCCGCGCACUACCCCGCCGUCACCGAUCCUCCGUGAUGACCAUUGAGUUGAUCCUGGGGAAUAGCUGGACGGCGCCACCAAAGACCUGGACCGUGAAUCAGGGCUUGGGACUACAUGAUAUGGUGCUCAUGCGCACACUCAGGAUCUUUGUGGAAUGUGAUCCAUCACAGCCUAUAUUCGAGGGCUUCCGCAUCUCCAAGGAUUAUUAUACCGAAUUCGCAGGACAACUGUUGAAGCAAGUUCUAGAACGACUUCCGGGCCUUGUUCAAGUCGAGUUCGACGCUUACCCCUCCGUGCGGAAGGGCGGGUCACUGAUGACCCGGCUGCUGCAAGAAACCAGGGAAGCAAAGAAGAAGGUCCUUUGGGGACCAGAGCGAGGAUGGACAGACAGCCAGGAGGACGAUUACGUUCCAUAUGAGGAUCCUGCAGAUGCUGCUAUUGAUGCACUACGUUCUCGACGUCCGGACUCGGUGGAUACCUCCGUUGAUACGUUGGCCGACUCGCUUCAGACCGUUCGGCUGGAAACAUUAGACUUACCGGAAAUCACGACGCAUUCGAUGUAA